AUGGGUUUCGGUACAGUCUCUUGCCAGCUGCUGCUGGCUGCCGCGUCCGUUUCUGCCAAAUGGAUCGUUCCUGGUGCACGAUGGAGGGCUACUGAUGGUACUCUCGUCAACGCUCACGCUGGUGCUGUGACAGUUGAUAAGGAGACGGGCAAGUUCUUCUUGUUCGGAGAGUACAAGAUCGAGGGUCAAGUUGAGGGUGGAGGUGUUAGCGUGUACAGCUCGGACGAUUUGGCAACAUGGACGCCAGAGGGCAUGGCUUUGUCACCAAUUGAGGGCCACCCUUACAUCUCAACCGAGCACAUCAUCCAGAGGCCUAAAGUUACUUUCUCAGAGCAAACUGGGAAAUACCACAUGUUUUGGCACGCCGAUAACUCCACUUACGGCUGGCUUCUUCAAGGCUUUGCUCAAGCCGACAACAUCACCGGACCAUACUCGUUCGUCGAUGCCACGCUCCCGCUCGGCAACUGGUCUCAGGACUACGGUCUCUUUGUCGAUCGAAAGGACGGCAGGGCCUACGCUCUGUACUCUAACGGCGACCGUCGUGAUGCACGCGAUGUAUACCUCACAUCCUACAACGAUAACAUCACUGCUCUUGAUAAGGUCGUUCACCGAUGGGACAAAUACGACCUUGAGGCACCCACUAUCAUCCAGACCGACAAGAGCUACUUUGCGUUGAUGAGCCACAAGACUGGUUACAGGCCCAAUAAUGUCGUCGCGUUCCGUGCCGACAAGCUUGAGGGACCUUGGUCGCAGCCAUUCAUCGUUGCUCCUCUCAAUACCCGCACCUACAACUCGCAGUCUGGUUUCUCCCUUCGCAUCAACGGCACAAAAAAGACUACCUACCUCUACCUUGGUGACCAGUGGGACUCGAUCAGCCUCUGGGAGUCGCGCUACAUCUGGCUCCCCAUCGAGAUCGAUGAGGCCAAGAAGUCACUCGAGGUCAAGUGGCACGAUAUCUACGACCUGAACGUCAAGACUGGUGAAGUCAAGGCCAUCAAGGGCAAGACCUACUACGGCAAAGACGCCACCGUAACCGGCGGCGCCUUCAAGCAAGAGGCCGCUUUCGGCAGCCACGAAAUCAUCCUCACCGGCAUCGUCGGCAACGACAGCAAGGUCACCUUCUCUGGCAUCGAAGGUCAGGGCAAGCCCCAAUGGGUGUCCUUCUACUACCAGAAUACCGACGACAUGGGCUUCGGUGACCAGCCUGGAGGUAGUCCCGACCGUAUUGGUGGUACAUGGCAGCUGCGCCGUAUCGCAAGUGUCAUUGUGAACGGCAAGAUCGAGCAGAUCGAGAGCUUGUAUCAGAGGGAUACACACAAGGGCAUUAUCCUGAGCACACCGCUGCAGUUGCACCUUGACAAGGGCAGGAACAACACCAUCGAGAUUGGAGGGUUGUUUAAUAACCAGACCUACAAGGGUGCUGAUAUCGAUCGCAUUGUCGUCUACCCGCCAGAAGAGUGA